CGGAGAGCGAGUAGGAUUGGCUGUCAGGAGUGAUCGGUCCGGCGAAGCAGUAGGAGGUUCGAGUCGCCAUUUUGGCAGAUUGUGAGAGCCUUCUGUCGUCGCCGUGAGCCAAGCUGUCGUUCGCCCAGCUGAGCCCUUUACGCGCGCGCGAGAGAGCUCUUCUGGCUAGAUCGAGUUGGGAAGGCAAAAUUAGACUGGCGCUCACAAAAUUAAAAAAAUUUCGGAAAGAAUUGACGGGAAAUAGUUCUGCGUAUUGUAAUUUUUCUUUUCCUGUCGGUAUUCUCGGUUUUGAGGUACAUUUCUCUAAUUUUCGUGGGUGGUGUGCAUUUGCUAAUAUUAUCUUCGAAAUUGAAGAACGAUUUCUAAUUGUGAUAGUAUAACUCAAGAAUUGGAUUGGAAAAUACGUAAGCUUCAAAAAGUUCUAGUGUGACAGAAGUAACGACACUAUGGCGGGACAGACAAUCAACGAUAGACUGUUGGCAGCGAGACAUAGCAUCGCCGGCCAGGGUCUUGCUAAAGCUGUAUGCAAAGCUACUACAGAAGAGAUGAUAGGUCCGAAAAAGAAACAUCUCGAAUACCUCGUGCGAUGUACAAACGAACCCAACGUGUCGAUACCUCAGUUGGCAAAUCUGUUAAUAGAACGAUCACAGAACACGAACUGGACAGUCGUUUUCAAAGCUUUGAUCACAGUACACCAUAUGCUUUGUUAUGGCAAUGAGAGAUUUACACAAUAUCUAGCAUCCAGCAACAGCACGUUUCAACUCAGUAAUUUUCUCGAUAAAAGCGGCGUUCAAGCAGGAGCUCGCAUCGGCUAUGACAUGUCACCGUUUAUCAGGAGAUAUGCAAAGUACCUCAAUGAAAAGGCUCUUUCCUAUAGGACUGUGGCAUUUGAUUUUUGUAAGGUGAAGAGGGGAAAGGAUGAUCGUACUUUACGUACAAUGAAUGCCGAGAAAUUGUUGAAAACCUUACCAGUACUACAAUCACAAUUGGAUGCACUAUUGGAAUUCGAUUGUACUGCCAAUGACCUAACCAAUGGCGUUAUAAAUAUGGCUUUUAUGCUUCUCUUUCGGGAUUUAAUUAGAUUGUUUGCAUGUUAUAAUGAUGGCAUUAUUAAUUUAUUAGAAAAAUAUUUUGAUAUGAAUAAAAAACAAUGUCGCGAGGCUUUGGAUCUGUAUAAAAAGUUUCUCAUACGAAUGGAUCGGGUUGGUGAAUUUUUAAAAGUUGCCGAAAACGUUGGUAUUGAUAAAGGAGAUAUACCUGAUUUAACAAAGGCUCCUAGUAGUUUAUUAGAUGCAUUGGAACAACAUUUAGCUUCAUUAGAAGGAAAGAAAGGUUCUGCAGCAAACACUCCCACGCAAUCUGCAAGCAAUAGAACGAAUGUAAAGUCGGGAGUGUCCGCCCUGUCUUCCACCAGUACUGCGUUUGGAACAGCAGCUAGUAAUAACCGCCUUGACCAUGCCGGAAAUGGACAUAUCGAUGAAGCGCUUCGACAACAAGCUCUUGCGGAAGAGGAGGCUGCUAUGAAUCAAUAUAAGGCAAAAGUGCAAUCUCCAUCCAGUGGCCCCAGUACGAAUCCAUUCCUUAGUUCACCGACAAACAAUGCUAAUCAACCAAUUGUAGAUUUAUUUGGUGCAUCAUCAACGAUAACGAGUACUGAAAGCCAGCCACAAAAAGCAUCAGACGAUCUACUUCAAUUAGCAGGCAAUCCUUUUGCGGACAUGUUUGGUGGAACACCUCAAUCUAUAGCUGCACCGACUACACAAACACAGAAUAAUAUGUGGAUGACUAACGGUAACGGUUUUGCUGCAGUGCCUCCAGCAAAUAAUAAUUUUGUUACAGAUAAUAGUUUCUCUUCUGUAUUUGGUAAUCAAGAUUCUCAAUCUGCUGGUGCUCCAGGAACGGCCGGAUCCGUACCAAAUCCUUUUAUGUCCGACUUCCCUUCCCUCGGUUCCCAGUCAACGCAGUCAAACGCAGCCGCUUUCGGUCUCUUCGAGCAGGGUGCCGCGACCAAUGUUGCUGCCAAUACGAACGGUGGCGAUAACCAGCAACAAACGCAGACCGGAGACCUGUUCAGUGCUGGCGGCCAGGCAGAUCUCUUUGGGAGCGACUCUGCAGUGCUCAAGACCGUAGAGGGUGUCGCUGGGGAAGCCGCAGAUACGGCGUCCUCUGUGACUCUAGCCUCCGGUAAGUCCACUGCCACGCCGCCUCCCAGACCGCCGCCUCCCGCGACAGCGAUAAACGGUACGCCUAGACCAACUUCUCCAACGGUGUCCGGAGUGGCUGUUGGCAAACUGUCUUCUGGAACAACAAUCACUACCGCCAUCGCUCCAAGUAAGAGUGCGUUUGACGAUCUGAACGAUAGCAUUCGAAUGGCACUGGGCGGGUCUCCGUCAAGGCCGGCACCCAUAGCUCAACAACUGCCGACCGCGCAACAAGCACAGCAACCUCUUCAACAGGGUUUUGGCAUGUUUGAUAUGGCUACCAAUAUGGCUGCCACCGGGCAGUCGGUCAUGUCUGGCGGACCGAUGGUCGGCUACGGUAUCCCCACCCAAGUCCCGGCGGGGUACGGUUCUCCGGCAAAACAACCGAUUUCAGUAGCAGGACAACAACAAAAUGCAGCGUCUACUGGCAAAGUCCUGACUGGAGAUUUGGACAGCAGUCUUGCUAGUCUUGCUCAAAAUUUGACCAUCAACAAAAGUGCUCAGCAACAAGUCAAAGGUAUGCAAUGGAAUUCGCCUAAAAAUGCUGCCAAAACUGGUGGCCCAGCUGGAGGAUGGACACCGCAACCUAUGGCAGCUACAACUGGCGCUGGAUAUCGUCCAAUGGGACAAGGAAUGACGCAACUUCCUUCAACAACUCUGAGUUUUCCUCCUCAUCCUGCACCAUUGGGAAUGCAAGGUGUGCCAAUAGGCAUGCAAAGUAUGCAAGGCAUAAGACCUAUGAUGAGCACAAUAUCUGGUGGACCUAGUAACAUGAUGGUCACAGGAGGAGCUGCACCAAUGAUGAUGUCUAGUUCAAAUUCAAUGAUGGGUACUAACCUUCAGCAACAACCACAACAGCAACCACAGCAGAAUGUUGCGCAAUCACAAAAUAAUCAAGUCCAACUUGAUCCGUUUGGUGCCCUGUGAACAAAUUAGGAGUUUUUAUUGGAACCAAACAAACGAAACAACUUUGUAAAUAUCAUGUAAUAUGCCUAGGAAAUGUGCCCUGCUUGCUCUCGUUAUUCUAUGUCAUUUGUAACGAAUCGGCAUGCAUAAAGAAAAAGAAGAAUAUUGAAGCUUAUCGUUGGAUUGUCCUGCGGGAAACGCAACGGUGCCGACAAAUAUAUAUAUAUAUAUUAUAUUAUAUUAUAUUAAUAUAUAAUAUAUAUAUAGUAAGUCCGUAUAUAUAUUUUAUAUAUAUAUAUAUAUAUAUAUAUAUAUAUAUACAUACACAUAUUUACUGCUGAUUGGGUAUAAUCACAUACGGAUUUACUCAAAUUAUGGCAGUUGCCUUAAAAAAAUACAGUAGUCUCAGCCCUUCCCCCUCCCUAUUUUGCGAUGCGAGUAAAAUUAUACAAAAAGAAAAAAAUAGAGAACUUCGACAGAAUUAUAAAAAAAAAAAAUUACAAACCGUAUUACGUUUAGAAUUCCAUGAGAUAUGUAGAUGCAACUAUUCCGUAAAAGUUGACUGUGAUAGUAUUGCAUCAACAUGUAGUGUUUUCCAAUUGAAGGAGGAAUUUAUAGAAAAGCUCCUGAGAGUAUGCAUAUGAAAGAAAAGAUGAAUGAAUGAAAAAUGAAUGAAAAAGGAGUUUUCCUAAAAAAAAAUAGGAAGUUCAAAGUAAUUCCAUACAAGCUUUAUACAUAUUAAAAGAUGUAUCAAGUUUGAAUGUAUCAUUUUUCUUGUUAAUAUACAAGUAACAUUAUUGAUGGGGUUUUCAUCAUGAUAAUUCUAAACGUAUAUACGUUAUGAAAAUUAUAUUUGGCUGAUGCAUGAUGUAUUUAUAGUAAAGAUAUGAUAAGAUAAAAUUAUGUGUGUUACGUAUAUAUGUGUACAUAUGUAUUGUGCAGAUGUAUAUGUACUAUUAUAUUUCAGAAUUCGCGCGAGGGUAUACAACGUAAAAAUAUAAAUAUUAUUUGAAGAAAAAAAAAAUUGUGUAUGUACAUGCGCGUCCGCGCGUAUAUAUAUAUGUAUGUAUGUGUGUGUGUAUGUAUAUGGUAUAAUUCUAAUAACAGUGUAUCUAUAUCGCUCUCAGUUUCACUUUUUUUGUACUAUCUUUACCGAUAUAUAUUUUUAUUUCGACUCAGGGCGCUGAAGCAGUUACAAUAUAUUCUUUAUUAAAGUAUUAAAUAUUAAAUAAUAACAAUAUAUAUAGUGAACAAGUAAGAAUGAAAAAUGUGCAUGAAUGAAAAGUAAAAUAGAAUAUUAGGUGGUGUCACUAAUGUUCUUUAUCCAUACCGUUCCGAACUGUCUUAAUUAGAUAAAAAAAACUAUAUAUACAAGUUAAGAUUAUGAUACUCAUGCGAUAAAUUAUGAUAAAUGUAACACGUGAAUCUACGCGGAUUCAGUAUGGUACUAUUAAUAUAGUCAAUAAUUCCUGUUCUAA